AUGAAGCUGACCCACGACGACGACAUGUCAUCACCACCCUCCAGAAACACACCGAGCGUGUCUAGCUCGCUGGAGACGGACACGAGAUUGAGCCCAGAUGCGAACGGACGAGAGAGACCCGUUUUGAAGACCUGGCUGCUCCAGAAUGCCCCAGAGUAUCGGCACCUGGAAGCCCUGCGACAAAAGGGAUGGGAGAACAAAGCCGGUGAUGUGUUUUUCGAAAAGCAAAGACACCAAGCGGACCACGCAGAUGAAAAGACGAUCAAAUUCUUCUAUAAAAUGAUGAAGAACAUUGCCAGCGAGAUGAACCAAGCCACCGGCGCACUCCGAGUCCACGUAACGUGGCCCGGCAAGCCCCGGAUGCUAGACUUUUGCACAGCUCCGGGUGGGUUCCUAGAAUCAGCCAUCAGGAUGAAUGCCCGAGCCGAAGCCACGGGGUUCUCGCUGCCACCCACUCAGGGAGGACAUGAGGUCAUCAUGCCGCUAGGCGCAAACGUAGCAUUCAAAUACGCGGACAUUACCAUGUUUGCUGGGGAUAUGGGUUGUUACACGGAGGACAUUCCUCAAGACCACCCAGACGCCGAGAGCUUUGUAUUGGAGCCGGCCAUUGAGCGUGAGCGGCGCUUCGAUCUCAUCUUCUGCGAUGGGCAGGUUUUGAGAACCCACGCCCGAGCCGCCUAUCGGGAGCCGUGGGAGUCGCGGCGUCUGACAGCUACGCAGCUCGCCAUUGGGCUCGAACACGUCUCGCUAGGCGGCACCAUGGUGGUCCUACUACACAAGCUAGAGGCCGUGGACACUCUGUUCAAGCCCAGGAGCGCCCACGCCAAGAGGUCUUCGUUCUACAUGGUGGCGACGAACAUCAAGAGCGAUUCGCCCGAGGUGAGAGAAGCCAUAGAGUACUGGAAGACGCUGUGGAGGGUCUUGACGUUUGGCUCCGACGAGGAGCGAAGCAACAAGAUAUCGGAGGGUCACAUGGAUCAACAGGUGUUGGUGGAGCAGUUUGGGCCAGACCUUGUAAGGCUCGGGAAGAGGAUAUGGGAGAUUCAGGCCAGAGCCCUCGAGAAGGCGCCGUUCAUGCAGGCCGGGCAGAAUGAGAGGAUCCAAAGACCGGCUGAAGGGGGACCCUCAUCUUUCUCAUCUUGGCAAUAG